AUGAAGGCCACCGCUGCCGGAGCUCAACCGGCGAACACCAUCUCUAACCCAUCUGAAGGCGAACCGAAGAAGAGUAUAAACCCUGAGCUAUGGCAAGCUUGCGCCGGGCCUCUGGUGAACCUGCCGGCCGCUGGGACCCAUGUAGUUUACUUCCCUCAAGGCCACAGCGAACAGGUUGCAGCAUCCAUGAAAAAGGAUGUCGAUGGACAAAUCCCAAACUAUUCAAAUCUUCCCUCAAAGCUACUAUGCUUCCUUCACAAUAUUACUUUACAUGCUGAUCCAGAAACGGACGAAGUAUAUGCUCAGAUGACACUCCAACCAGUUCCCUCCUUUGACAAGGAUGCAUUAUUGAGAUCGGAUCUGUCAAUGAAAGCAAAUAAACCACAACCAGAAUUUUUCUGUAAAACCUUGACUGCAAGUGAUACAAGCACUCAUGGCGGUUUUUCAGUACCUCGCCGUUCAGCAGAAAAAACUUUCCCUGCUCUGGACUUCACAAUGCAACCACCUGCUCAAGAGCUUGUGGCGAGGGAUUUGCAUGACAACUCAUGGACGUUUCGUCAUAUUUACCGGGGACAACCAAAGCGCCACUUGUUAACGACUGGGUGGAGCCUUUUUGUCAGCGGAAAGAGAUUAUUUGCAGGUGACUCGGUUUUAUUUAUUAGGGACGAAAAACAGCAGCUUCUUUUAGGCAUAAGACGGGCUAACAGACAACCAACCAACUUAUCGUCGUCUGUGUUAUCAAGCGAUAGUAUGCAUAUUGGAAUUCUAGCGGCAGCUGCCCAUGCUGCUGCGAACAAUAGCCCCUUCACCGUGUUUUACAAUCCAAGGGCAAGUCCUUCGGAAUUUGUUAUCCCGUUAGCCAAGUACUACAAAGCAGUUUGCAGUAACCAAAUAUCUCUUGGCAUGCGCUUUCGCAUGAUGUUUGAAACUGAAGAUUCGAGUACAAGAAGAUAUAUGGGUACAAUAACUGGUAUUAGUGAUAUAGAUUCUGUCAGAUGGAGGAACUCCCAAUGGCGUAAUUUGCAGGUCGGUUGGGACGAGUCGACUGCUGGGGAAAAGCGUAAUCGUGUCUCCAUUUGGGAGAUUGAACCUGUAACUGCUCCAUUUUUUAUUUGCCCGACUACACCUUUCUUCCAUUCAAAGCGGCCAAGGCAACCAGGAAUGGCAGAUGACGACUCGUCUGACCUAGAUAAUCUAAUCAGAAGAUCAAUGCCAUGGAUUGGGGAAGACUAUGGGAUGAAGGAUCCCCAAGCUAUACCCGGCCUGAGCUUAGUCCAAUGGAUGAACAUGCAGCAAAAUGCUUCCCUGGCUAACUCAAUGCAGCCAAACUACAUAAAUUCCUUAUCGGGAUCUGUUAUGCAAAGCCUUUCUGGUGCAGAUCUUUCUCGUCAGUUAGCUUUGCCGGCACCACUUUCUCAGCCAAACAACUUACAGUUCAAUACUCAAAGGCUGGCCCAACCCAUACAGCAACUAGAUCAGCUCCAAAAGCUGCCGGCCUCCUCAUUGAACCCGUUAGACUCCAUUAUACAGCCACAACAACAGUUAACGGACAUUGCACAACCACCUCGUCAAAAUUUAAUAAAUCAAACUUUACCUGCAAGCCAAGUUCAGGCCCAACUUUUGCAUAUGCAGAGUCCUACCCAAGCUCAGAAUGUUAUUCAACAAUCUCUCGUAAACCAUCAGCUUCAGAGAAAUCUUCCUCAAAAUCUGAACCAGCAGCAGAAUUUCAUGUCGUCCCAUACAGAUCAUAUAAGCCAACACGUGCCUGAAAACCAAAUUCAGAUUCAACUUCUGCAGAAGCUUCAUCAGCAACAACAAUCACUUUUAGCACAGCAAUCUUCGAUGCAACAGCCUCCUUCCCAACUAACCCAAUUCCAGGAUCAGCAGAAGCAGCUUUCGGACGUUUCUCAGAACUUCUGUAGGUCUGUGUCAACCAGCCAAAUGCUCGAUGGAUCUCCAGCAACAUCCACUUCACUCCCUCAAUCGCAUGUUAUAAACCAGCAGAUGACGAGAAGUAAUAGUCAAACUAAUCUUCGGUUUGCCCAUCCACCUCAACAACUGAAACUGCAACAUCAACAAUCUGGAAUACUAUCAGAAUGUCCUGGACAAAUGGGGAGCAACUUAAACCCAAUGAAUAAUCAGCUGUUGACUGCUGGAACAAUCAAUUGCCAGUCUGUAGUGACUGAUGAAGUUCCAUCUUGUUCCACUUCACCAUCUACAAACAACUGUUCGAGUGCUGUCCAGUCCAUAAUGACUGGCAGAAACCAUCGAAGUAUAACACCGGGGGAUGAGAUAGCUCAGUCUUCUGCUGGUCUAUUGGGUUCAAGUAAUGAUUUAGGGACUAUCUCUUCAAAUGGUAACUUGGUUAAAGAUUUGCAGCAAAAACCCGAUAUUAAGCCUUCGUUGAACAUAUCCAAAAGUCAGAACCUCGGAUUUUAUGCAUCCCAACCAUAUCUCAAUGCUGCUGGAACCCAGAUCGAUUAUUUCGAUAGUUCAUCUUCGGCUACAUCAGUUCUCUCUCAAAACGACAUCCAGAUACAGCAAACCAACAACUCAAUGUCAUUCAAUUCUCAGUCAAUGCUGUUUAGAGAUGCAAGUCAUGACGGGGAAGUUCUGGGUGAUCCAAGGAACAAUGUUCCGCUAGCGGCCAGCAUGGACAGCCAAUUAGGGAUGCCCAUGAUGCCAGAUUCAUUGAUCGCAAAAGGGAUGGCGGGAUCUGGUAGGGACUUCUCGAAUGGUCUCGCAUCAGGAGCAGAUAUGCUUUCCAGCGUUGUGAACCCUAAGGAAACUCAACCCGAACUCUCAUCGGCAGUGGUUUCCCAGUCGUUUGGAGUUCCCGAUAUGACAUUCAAUUCAAAUGAUUCCACGAUAAACGAUAGCAGCUUCAUGAAUGGAGGUGCUUGGGCUCCAGCACAGAUGCCUCGGUUACGAACAUAUACAAAGGUAUACAAGCGUGGAGCCGUUGGAAGAUCAAUCGAUAUAACGCGUUACUCGGGCUAUGAAGAGCUUAAACAAGAUCUAGCUCGUAGAUUUGGUAUAGAGGGACAACUGGAGGACCGACAAAGAAUUGGUUGGAAACUUGUUUACGUGGAUCAUGAGAAUGAUGUCCUGUUAGUCGGGGACGAUCCUUGGGAGGUAUUUGUGAACUACGUUCGUUGCAUCAAGAUUCUUUCUCCUCGAGAAGUCCAACAAAUGAGCUUGGACGGAGAGUUCGGGAACAAUGUUCUUCAGAAUCAAGCUUGUAGCAGCUCUGAGAAUGGUGUAAAUUAG